AUGGAGGAGCCUGCCAACAGGAGAAACGGGGCUUUCACCUCCCAGAAUUCUUCACUCAGCUCCCUUGACUACUCUGAUCUGACCCUUUCCCUCCCCGAGGCUGGAGGCAGGGAGGAUAAAGGAAGUGCUUUGUUUGGAUCUCCAACACUCACAUCACAGGAUCAGAGAUAUGGGAGGGACGAGGAUGACUUGAGUCAAUGGCAGUGUGAGUUUAGGGGCCAAAUCAGAGCACUGAGACAGUGGCUGAAGAGCAUGGAGAUGAGGCUGCCUCCUCUGGACCCCAGGCUCCAAAGCGAUGGACACUCAAGCUCAGACCAGGAUUCCAGCCUGGAUAGAUGGAGGGGAACAAGAUCUGCCUUGGCACUGAGGGAUGCGUCAACAGAUUCGGAGACAUUUCUCCAAAACCUGGACGCUUUGCUCACAUGGGUCUGUGAGAUAGAGGAGCUCACAGCCAAUCAGAAACCCCCAUCAUCUGAGGUCAAAGUGGUGAAAGCACAGCUCCAAGAACAAAAGCUGUUGCAGCGCCUCCUAACAGACCGUAGGCGCAGUAUGGACUCUAUGAUGCUGGAGGGUCCUCGGCUGGUGGAGGCCCACCCAGGAGAGGAGGGGGAGCAGGCAGAGGUCAAGCUCUCCACUCUCAAACAGAAGUGGGAGGCCUUACAGCGAGAAGCAGAGCAAAGGAGAGCGAGUCUGGAGCUCAUUCUGCCCAGGGCACAGCUCUUCCAGGAAGGAGUCGACAGCUUGCAGCAAUGGCUCAUAUCUGUGGAACAGACCCUAGCUGAACUCCGAAACGCAGAGCGAGUGAUGCUGCAUCUCUCAGAGGCCACAGAAAGGGCCAAGGCUGUUGUUGAAGAGAUUCAAGUCAAAACUGCUGACCUAGGGAAAAUACAGAAGUCAGGACAUGAUCUGAUUGAGGCAAUUUCAGAGGAUGAAGCCCAGCAGGUACAGGAGAAGAUGGAUGCUCUUCGUAUCCGCUGCUCCGUGCUGAGCCUGAGCAGUCUGGACGUGCUGCAGAGGCUGGAGCAGGCCCUGGAGGCCUCCAGUCGCUGCACGUCCAGCCAGGAGGACCUCCACCUGUGGCUGGGCCGCAUCGAGAGGGAGCUCCUGGGAGCUGCAGGAGCACAGACGCACGCUGGAGACGCAGUUCUAUGUGCAGCUGAGAGACAGAGGCUGGAACAGGCGGUGGUGAAGGAGAUGGCUUGGUUCAGAGACACAGCGCUGAGUCUGGAAAAGCUGAGAACCAUUCAUCUAGAUCCAGAGCUGAUAGCAGAACUACUCUACGAGCAGAAGAUUUUGGCAGUGGAGAUUCUGCAGCACAGGUUCAACAUUGAGAAGAUGGUGAAGAUCGCUGAAAUCUUGCUGACAUACAGUGAUGUAGGAGAAACAGGAGAUUUGAGGACCCCCUUAGAGGCCUUACAGGAACAAUGCAACACCACCUCAGCCACCAAUUCCCAUGUGGUCCUGCAGCUCGAGCACGCUCAGUCGCUUCUUCUCCAGUUCUCGGAGGGCCUCACUGAGGUUUCGCCCUGGCUUGAGGAAACUCGAACCCUAAUUGGCCAGCUCUCCCUGAGCACAAUUAGCUACGAGGCAUUUCGGGAACAACAGGACCUCUUACAGGGUCUGAGGGAGUCGAUAGCAGAGCACCGACCCUUAAUCGCACGCUUAUGCUCCGUGGCAAAACGCCUGUCAGAACUAAACCCCGUUCAAGGGGACGAGUUCUGUCGAAAGGCGACAGAGGCCGAGGAGCAGCACAGGGCCAUCAGAGACCGGGUCAGAGAGACUGCCAGUCUGCUCGAGGAGUCUUUGCCUCGAUUCACGCAGCUGAAUGAGAGGAUGACCCUCAUCAGAGAGAGUCUUGGCCGCCUCCGCAGUCGCAUACAGACCCCCAGCUCCCUUCAAGGCCUCACCCCGAGGAUCCAGGAGCAGCUGCAAGACAACAAGCUCACCCUGUCUGAGCUGUCCAAGCUGGAGCUGGGCCUCAACAGUGUCAAGACACAGGCAGAUGAGCUGCUGGCCAACACUCAGGCAGCUGGUGAUGGAUCCGUCGGCACAGCAAUCCAGGAGCGAGUGUCCGGCCUGUCCCAGAUGUGGGAUGAGACGCACACUGAAGCGCAGGAGAGGGAAGGUUGGCUGCUCAAACUCUUGGAUCUGGCUUUGAAGUUCUGGAGUGAUGUCAGCGAUGUCACGGCUGCUCUCAGUGAGGCUCAGCAGGCAGUUUUAGAUCUUAAUGCCAGCCGGACGGACUCCGAAACAAUUCGCCAGAGCCUUGAAACCAUGCAGACUCUGAGGGAGGAUAUUGACAGUUUACAGGGAGAUCUGGACACGCUUGGCGUUUUGGGAAUGGAUCUGAUGUCUGCAUGUGGAGAUACAGACAAACCAGAUGUCACAAAGAGCCUUGAUGAACUCUAUUGCACAUGGAACAACUUGAGCAAACUGUGGAACGAUUGUCACAAAAAGCUGGAGGAGUCCCUGCAGAUGGCACUGCAUUAUCAAGACACCAUGCAGGGUCUUUUUGAGUGGUUGAAGUCAGCUGAGCUGAGGUCUACUGAAGAGUUCAUGGUGGGAACUGACCUGGGAUCAGUCAAAGAGCAGCUAUGUGAUCUCAAGGAGUUUAAGCGAGAACUCUACCAGAAGAAAAUUGAGAUCGAAAGCAUGAACCAUCGCUUUGUGUGCCGGCUAUCUCCAGGCUCGGAGCGUCCGGGCUCCGUCUCACCGCUGUGUGACUUCAGACAGCGCUGGGACAGCCUGGAAGCAGAGACUGUCGGCAGACAGCAUCAGCUGGAGUGUGCUCUGCUGGGUCUGGGUCAGUUCCAGAACACACUGGAUGAGCUUCACACAUGGCUCUCCCGAACUGCUGAACAACUGCAGGGCAGUCAGCCAAUCAGCAUUGACCUGCAGGCCUGUGAAAUCGAGCUGGCCAAACACAAGGUCUUGCGAAAUGACGUCAUGUCCCACGUACGCACGAUGGAGUCCCUGAACAAGGCUGGCAGGGGGCUGCUGGAGGUCGGGACCGUGGACAGCCCGCAUGGUCUGCAGUCUCGGCUGGAGCAGCUCAAUGAAAGCUGGGAGUUUGUCCGCUGUGAGACUGAGCGCAGGCAGCUGGAGUUAGAGAACAGACUGAGUCAGGUUCAAGAUGUCACAAUGGAGAUUCAAGAUCUUCUACAGUGGCUGGAUAACACAGACAUGAGACUGUCCUCCUCUAAAACCAUGUGGAGUAUGCCGGACUCUGCCAGUGAAAGGCUCAAUGCACACUUGGAGUUGUGUGCUGAGAUGGAGUCAAAGUUCCACACCUACACAGAUGUGAGGAAUGCCAUCCACAGGAUGCUGGAGAGCAGCGACGUCAUGCGGGGAUCGAGCACCGAACACAGCUUGUCUAUUCUUGAGCAGAAAUGGGCGUCCGUUUACAGCAAAAUCCAGGAGCGAAAGGCAAAACUCACAGAAGGCCUGAGUCUGGCCAAGGACUUCCACAGCACCGUCCAGGAGCUUCUCACCAAGAUGAGCAAGUGUGAGGAGUCUGUCGGGCUUCUUCCUGCGCCCAGCUUUGUACUGGACACUGUUUGUACUCAACUGCAGGAACACAGAACGCUGCUGAAUGAGGUGAACGGUCACAGUGAGAAGAAGAGCACGGUGGAGAACACGGCCCGCAGGCUAACGGAGAUGAGCAGGAAGGAAGACUGUGAUGUCAUCCAUAACCUCAUCAUGACCGUGCAGGAUCGCUUUAAAAAGCUCCAGCAGCGCGUAUCAGAGAGAGGGAGGAAGCUGGAGGAGGCUAAAAAGGGUGCCAAACAGUUUAACGAAUCAUGGCGCCUGUUGCUGGACUGGAUGACGGAGGUGGAACAGACUCUAGACACACAUAAAGAGAUUGCCGUGUCCCACGAGGAAAUCAAACAACAGCUGACCGAACAGAAGGAGUUCCAGAAACUGCUGCGAUCGAAGCGGCCCAUGUAUGAAGCCACAUCGAAGAACGGACGCAACCUUCACGAGAGAGCUCAAACCGGCCGUGACAGACAGCAUCUGGAAAAUCAGAUGGCUGAACUCAAAGACACGUGGGACACCAUCAGCGGCAAGUCCAUGGAGAGGCAACACAAGCUGGAGGAAGCGCUGCUCUUCUCAGGCAGGUUCACUGAUGCUCUCCAGGCCCUGAACGACUGGCUGUACCGAGCGGAGCCCCAGCUGGCAGAGGACGUCCCUGUUUGUGGAGACAAAGACAUAGUACACAACCUGAUAGACAAACACAAGGCCUUCCAAAAGGAGUUAGGGAAGCGAGCCGGAUGCAUUAGGACCCUGAAGCGCUCUGUGAGGGACCUGACCAGGAGCAGCACAGCUGACGCUCACUGGCUGCAGGAGCAGAUGGACGAGCUGGAGGGCCGCUGGGAGGCCGUGUGCAAACUGUCAGUCAGCAAGCAAGACAGGCUGGAGGCUGCACUUCAGCAGGCUGAGAAGUUCGAUGGCCUUGUCCACACUUUCAUGGAGCGCCUUGCUGAGGCAGAGAGGGUACUGAAAUACGGGGCGAUACCAGAGGACGAGGAGGGUUUGCUUGCUUUCCGCAAACAACACAAGGAAUCGAUGGAUGCUUUACAGACCCAGGCGGUGGAGUUACAGAACAUCCAUUGUCUGGGUGAGGAGAUCCUGGCCUCCUGUCACCCAGACUCCAUAAUCACCUUAAAAUCUUGGAUCAGUGUCACCAAGACUCGCUAUGAGGAGGUUCAGACCUGGGCUCAGCAGCAGGGCCAGAAGAUCGAUGCCAGUUUGGCAGCACUGGAGGAAGAGAGAGAGGAAGUCCAGAGGCUACUGGACUGGAUCUCCUCAGCGGAGGAAGCCCUCAGCCUCAGAGACCAGGAGCCUCCGGUUGAGUCUACAGAGCAGAACCAAGAGCUCAUCGCACAGCACAUCGUAUUCAUGGAGGAGUUGAAAAAAAAGUUUCCAGAGGUUGAAAAUGCCACAAAGUCCUGCAAACACAAGAGCGUCGCCAAACAGCAGGUUUCCCCGAGCAAGCGACCAUUCACAAAGAGGAGGAGCGCUCUGAAGCUGCAGCCGGCUGUACCCAUUCCCCUGGAGCACCUCGACCCCCAGACCCCAGAGCUCAGUCAGCUGGUCAGUCAGUGGCAGAAACUUUGGCUCCUGGCUGUGGCGAGACAAAAACAUCUGGAACAACACCAGCAGGCGCUCAAAGAGAUGGAAGAAUUCGCAAACUUCGACUUCAAUAUUUGGCGAAAGCGUUACAUGCAGUGGAUCAGUCAUAUGAAGUCACGGAUCUUAGAUGUGUUCCGCAGCAUCGACCGAGACCAGGACGGACGCAUCAGCCAGAGGGAGUUCAUUGAUUAUGUCCUUGCCUCCAAAUUUCCCACCAACUCUCUGGAGAUGAACGCGGUGGCGAACAUCUUCGACAUGAACAGCGACGGCUUCAUCGACUACUACGAGUUUGUGAGCGCGCUCCACCCGAGCAGAGAUCCCUACAGGAAAGCUCUGGACGCAGAUCAGAUCAAUGAAGAGGUGAGUCGACAGGUAUCACAGUGUAACUGUCCCAAGAGGUUCCAAGUGGAGCAAAUCAGUGCCAAUAGAUACAGGUUUGGGGAUUCCCAGCAGUUGCGGAUGGUUCGUAUCCUUCGCAGCACGUUGAUGGUCCGGGUGGGAGGAGGCUGGACUGCUUUAGACGAGUUCCUGGUCAAGAAUGAUCCCUGCAGAGUGAAAGGCCGGACCAACCUGAAGAUCAAGGAGAAGUACUUGUCUCCCGCUGGAAGCUCUGCUAAGGGUUUGACCGUCAGCAGGUCCAACUCCAGCCUCAGCCUCUACAGCAGUGCCUCCGCCCCCACCAGCCCCAUGACGCGCAAGGCAAGUCAAAAGGCUCUACUCCGCAGAAGUUUCUCAGGUGACCGCUGCAUCCGUCCCAGGAGCUCCAUCGCUGCUUUGGGGUCUGAUCUACAGUUUGUCACGACAGGCGAGGACAAUUCUCCCUCGCCAUCAGAAGAAGCUGAGAGGUUACCCACAUGAUGACCUCUGCCCCUGAGCACCAUGUGUAUGCUGCAGAGCUGAACCCAAACACAGCCUUGGGGCCCUGAAAGAGAGUGGUAACCAGAAGUAACGUGAUAGAAGGGCCAAAAAGAAAAGUACAGCAGGGGUCACCAGAGGUGAUGCUAAAGGGUCUUUAACUUUGAGAAGUCUGUGUGAAGAUCAUGUCUUCUCUGUGUGGACAAUGGGGGGGGGGGGGGUCAGUCCAGAUGUGAGACAAAGAUUUUUUUUGUCCGCUGUUGCAUUUCAUACAGUUAUAUCUGAUUACUUAGAGUGUAGGAAUUGAAAAGUUCUGCAUGGAUGCUUACUGCAUGAUAGCCAGAGCCUUGCUUGAGUCAGAUUUUUUUUUUUUUUUUUUCCCAGCUUGCUAUUCUUUUCCUUUUUCGUUGUAAAGAUGAAAAGAGAAUGUCAGACGGUACCAGAACUGGGCGGUAAUGUAGUGUAGCUGAUGUAAAAAUCUGUACAUGGUAUGUAAAGGAGUUGUUACGUCUGACUGCCCCAACCAGAGUCCAAAAAACAUAUACCAAAAUCAUGAGUAUGUGAAAGGAACAGUUUGCUGUCCUUCAGUUUUGUGAUAUCUUUGUUUGUUUUUUUUUCUUAUUUCAUUCUGUGAAGACAACAUUGUUGGCAGGGCCACACUGUUUUCCUCUUUUACCUUUUUGUGACACCAUGUUUUCAGAUACUUAUGUGUUUUUUAUUGUUCUUUAUUGUAAGGAUGUUUUAAACACUGGAGAUCAUGUAACGAACAAUGCACUGAAGUACAACAGGUCAUUGUUGAUUUGUAGAGAUUAUUUUCUCAGGAUUGGUUUGAAACUUUGGAUGUGUGUAUUUCUUUGGAACAUGACUGUGAAAAAUGUAGAUGUUUUUUUUUUCUUUAUAACUUCUUGGGAAAAGUUUUGCUUAGCACAUUCUUUUCAUCAAAAUGCACUUUUCUGUGUCCAACUGCUGUAAAUAAGUGGGAAAUCUGACAGUUGUCAUGAGUAAGGGAUUUAAUUUGUCAUGAGAAUGCACUGGAGGUGAUCUGGUUGUUUUUUUCUGGUGAAAGCUACCUUUUAGAUUCCCUGUUUUCUCUUUUCAGCUUCUUUUACCAAAAGCAGUAAAUUUUAAAUUUUCUGCAUUUCUGUCUUGAUGUUCUUUUUUCUGACCUCCAAUCCAUUCAGAAAUCUUGAUUUUAUUAUUCUGCUUUCAAAGGUGUUUAAGAAAUAUGUAAGGCACUAUAUGCAUUUCCUGCAAGGUCUAUUCAUGAUGCUGAAGAUACCAACGUGCAUCGUUUGCAGCAAAAAAACACUGAAAUACAUUUUCCCAGAGAGAAAAGCAAAUGCAGCUCCUCCAUCAGUGUUGCACUGUGCUUGGUUUUAUUAUCGAGCUUAACAACAUGUUAUCAGCAGUGUAAAGUUACUCUAUUUGUAUGUGAUGUUUGUACUAGAUCUUUCAGAGGUUGAAGACAGUAAUUUAAUUGCAUUGGGUCUAUGCAGUUGUCAAAAAGGAUUUUUUAAGUCAGAAACGUUUUUACACCAUAAAAGUACCUUUUCCUCAUGGGCUUAACAUGUUUCUGUUGGAGAAGGUUGAAAGUUUUAAUGUACUGUAAAAAAAAAAAAAAAAUACAACAGCCAGAUUUCACUUCUAUUGCUAUGCACCCUAAUCUUUCUGUACUGUAAAUGUUUCUAUACCCAGCACUCAUUCUGAUGUCUAAUUUAGAGAAACUGUAGAUGAAUGUCACUAAUAAUUUUACGUCCACUUGUAUAAAAAAAUAAAUCUUUUUGUAAUAAAAAAAUACAAAUA